AUGCGAGACCAGAUCCUUGCCUCAUCAUUCGGCCCAGUACCCGUGACGCUUGCGGUGGCGGCCACGGCGUUUGCGGUUGGGUAUCAAGUUCGAGGAUACUUGUCGCCCGUUUUGCAUGCUCGGAAGCGCGAGUCUUCAGUGGAAGGAGGAAGCGACUCGGAUUCGGAUGCAGAGGACGAGGCGGCGGCGAAUGCUGCCAACCUCGGUUCAGUCAAGGCUGGAGCCGACGACGUCAAGCUCGUCCUGGUCGUCAAUGACCAGCUCAAGAUGACAAAGGGAAAGAUUGGGGCUCAGUGUGGGCACGCUACCCUCGCUUGUUAUGAGACGCUGUUAAAGAGUAAUCCCAGGCUCCUGUCCAAAUGGAAGAUGCACGGGCAGCCCAAGAUUGCCCUCCGGUGCGCCAAUACUGAGGAGCUGGAUGAGCUCGCCCGCCAGGCGCGCGCGCUCAACCUCUGCGCUCGUACUAUCCAGGACGCAGGCCGUACCCAGGUCGCGCCGGGGUCCAAGACCGUUUGCGGAAUCGGACCCGGUCCGGCACGCCUCAUCAACCAGGUGACUGGCAAGCUCAAGCUCUUGUAG